AUGAUUGGGUGUUUUAUAACCAGAGGACUUGUGUUGGUUUUGGGUUAUGCUUAUCCUGCUUACGAAUGCUUUAAAACUGUGGAAAUAAAGCCUGACAUCGAGCAACUUCGGUUUUGGUGCCAGUAUUGGAUCUUGGUUGCUGGGCUGACAGUUUGUGAGAGGAUUGGUGACAUGUUUAUUGGAUGGGUUCCAAUGUACAGUGAAGCUAAGUUGGCCUUCUUUAUAUACCUGUGGUACCCUAAAACAAAGGGAACAAGAUAUGUUUAUGACUCCUUCUUUAGACCAUAUGUUGCUAAGCACGAGACAGAAAUAGAUCGCAAUUUGUGUGAACUGCGGACAAGAGCUGGAGAUAUCGCAUUUUUGUACUGGCAAAAGGCUGCAAGUUAUGGUCAGAGUAGAAUAUUUGAGAUUUUACAAUAUGUUGCUUCACAAUCCACCCCUCCUCGUCCUUCUCCGACACAACAGCAAGGUGCUAAGUUAGACCACCCGCCAACACCAAAUCGCAGAUCAGCUGCAACAACACAGCUGCAGAAUAAAGAACCCCCAUCUCCUACUUCUAGUACUUCUUCAAGUCAACUUGAAGAAGACGUGGCCGAAGAGGCAGGGCCUUCAGCAGCUUCCAAAGGAGCUCCCCUGACUACAUCCUUAAACGGACCAAAAACAACAUCCAUGCAAGCUUCCAGAGAAGCUACCCUGACUACAUCCUUGGACGGACCAAAAAAAUCUAUGCAGACCCUUGUUAAGACAAGCAAAAGUUUGAAUUCUAGUGAGGAGAAAGUGAUGUUAAUUAAUUCAGUGCCUCCUUCAGCAAGUGAAAACGUUCAACCUCCUCCACAAGAGACCAUUAUAGAAGAAUCCAGACGAGCCACGGGAGCAAGAUUAAGAAAAACACGCACUCGUUAA